GAGUGACUUGUAUCCGUCCCGAGGAGCUGGAGUUCCCCAACACCAUGACGGACAUUGAUUAUGACACCUGGAUGCUGAGCGGCACGGCCAUCAUGCAGGACGGGAACACGCUGAGGACCAAUUACGGGUGUGAUUUGGACUCUCUGGGGUCGGCUUCCCGUAUUGGAAUGAUGAAGACGGCCAGGGGAGACCUGCACUACUUUAUUGAUGGUGUGGACCAGGGCGUGGCCUGUACAGGACUUCCUGCCUCCAGAGAUAUCUUUGCUGUGGUGGACCUGUAUGGUCAGUGCGUCCAGGUGUCCCUGACUGGUGGGAGUGGUCUGAUCGAUAACAGCUUAUCGGCUAGUCAUGUGACCGAUAAAUCCCUCCCCACCCCCUCACCGG